GGAGGCAAAUAACCCACAAGAGAGUUGGAUUCUAAAACCCUAAAAAGCGAACCAAACCCAGAGCAACCGUGCCGUCGGCAUCCAUGGCUACCAAGAAGAGGAAGGUCGACCAAGAGGAUGAGCUUCUAUCCGGCGCCCUAAACCACGCCGCCGAUCCUCUCUCCCAGGCCCACCACCAGCCCGUCGUCUACACUCCGGCCCCGGGCUCUGACGACGACGACGGUGGCGAGGACGACGAUGAUGACGUGGGGACGCUCCUGGAGCCGCUGUCGAGGGACCAGCUCGUCGGCCUCCUCCGCACCGCUGCCGCCUCCAAUCCUGCCACCCUCGCGGAGAUCCGCCGCGUCGCCGAUCUCGACCCCGCCCACCGCAAGCUCUUCGUCCACGGCCUCGGCUGGGACACUACCGCGGAGGGCCUCCGUGCCGCUUUCGCCAGCUACGGCGACAUUGACGACUGCCGCGUCAUCGUCGACAAGGCAAGCGGCCGAUCCAAGGGCUACGGCUUCGUCCUCUUCCGCCACCGCAGCUCUGCCCGACGUGCCCUCCGCUGCCCCCAGAAGGUCAUCGAGAAUCGCAUGACCUCCUGCCAACUGGCCUCCUCCGGCCCCUCCGCCCCCUCCGUCCACCACCACAACCCGGGUCCGCACCACCACCAAAACCCUAACCGUAGCCCUGGCCCCGCCUCUCAUCAGGACAACGUCUCGAGGAAGAUAUACGUGGGGAACGUUCAUUCUGACGUUGACGGUGGCCGCCUCCUUGCCUUCUUUUCCCAGUACGGCGAGAUUGAGGAGGGGCCCAUUGGCUUUGAUCGUCACACGGGGAAGCCAAAAGGGUACGCCCUCUUUGUCUACAAGACCGUGGAGGGCGCUCUAAGGGCCCUCGAGGAGCCAAACAAGAAUUUUGAGGGUCACCUGCUCUACUGUCAGCGAGCCACUGAUAACAAGAGUAAGGCGGCGCCCAUUCAAACUCCUGCUGCUCCGCCAAAUGUGGUUUCCAGCACAGGGACUCUCAAUGGGUCUGGUUAUGCAGGGACCCCAGAUAUGGGGUUAGCACAACAAGCUGCGAUGUUAGGACAGGGUCUCCUUGGCAUGGGCGGUACACAAGCCUUUGGUCAGGGGAUGCAACAAAAUGCUGCGGUGCUGGCUCUACUGGCAGCAGCUGGGCAAAAUCCUGCAGCUUUUGGGAUCACGCCGGCCAUGAUUACUUCUUUGAACCCUGCUUUUGCAGCUGCAUUUGGUGCAGCAGGGAGUCAGCAAGCUGUAACUGCUCCAACCGGUCCUCAGGUAGCACAGGUGCCAACCUACGGAAUGGGAAAUGCUGCAUAUCAAGGACCUCCAGGGUAUCAUGCACCUACAGGUUUUCAAGGUUCACCAGGGUUGCAGGGCCCUCCAGGUUUCCAGGGAGCUCAGUCAGUUGCUCAACAAGGAGGUGGAGGUGCCAGUUCUUAUCAAGGAGCUCCAACAGGGCAAGGUCCAAUCUCGAGGCCACCAACCGGACCAAUGGGUGGAUAUGGACCACUUUAGUUUCAUACUGAGACCGUGGUUAUUCAUGUCAUUUAGAGAUCACCUGGGUUUUCAAUGUCUAUCAGCUCUGGAUAUUGAGAAAGGCUUCCAAUGCAAUGGUUGCUUGAGUCCUGCGACUAGUUUUAUUUAGUUUUCUCAUUGAUUAUGGAUGUAUGGAUUUUGGACCUUAUCUUUUAUGUUGAUGUUUCUCCACUCUUUGGAAUUUAGUCGCCA